AUGUCUUUGUUUUUAAGAGCCGCUUUAGUCGUUUUGUGUUGCAUGUUUGUGUUGAUUCCAUCUUUUACUACAGCAGCAACAGAUCAAGGACUUCAUGCUAGAUGUGAAUCUCACAGCUUCAAAAACGGAAAAACCUUUAGCUCUUGCACGGAUCUUCCGGUGUUAGACUCGUUUCUCCACUUCAGCUAUGCUCUAGAAACCGGAGCUCUUGAAGUUGUUUACCGUCACGCCAAUCUAGAGUCUUCUAGUUGGAUCGCUUGGGCCAUUAACCCGACUAAAACAGGCAUGUUAGGUGCUCAAGCUAUUGUGGCUUACCGUAACUCAACUUCUGGCGUUAUGCGUGCGUAUACUUCCUCCAUUAAUAGCUACGCUCCUAGGCUUCAAGAAUCUCCUCUUAGCAUCCGCGUGACACAAGUAUCUGCUGAAUAUAUUGAUAGGGAGAUGACGAUAUUUGCAAAUUUAUUGUUGUAUCCUAACACAACCGUCGUGAAUCACUUAUGGCAAGAUGGCCCGUUGAAGGAAGGAGAUACACUUGGAAUGCACUCAAUGAGUGGAGAUCAUCUCAAAUCUAUAACUUCUUUGGAUUUGCUUUCCGGACAAGUCACAUCCACAAAAUCAGUUGACGGAAACAUGUUGUUGGUAAAACAAAUCCAUGGAGUUGUAAAUGCAUUGAGUUGGGGAAUUCUCAUGGCGGGGACAUAG